AUGGCAUCCUUACCAGCAGACCUCGACGUCGAGGCAAAAGGUUUUGCACAUGACGUGAAGGUCACCGCCAACGAUGCCGCAUCAUCCUCUUCGUCCGACCGCGCAGAAACGGAAGCCUUCCUUUCGACAUUUACCGCCGAGGAGCACAACGCCGUCAUGAAGAAGGUCGAUCGACGGUUCCUCUUGCUCAUCGGUCUCAUGUACAUGCUCAAAAACAUCGACUACAUGAACGCUGCUGUUGUCAAGGUCCUGCAAGUCGGCCAGCCACGCAACAUCCUGAAGGAGUUGAACAUGACUGCUGAUGAGUACAACUGGUUCAGUCCAUCUACUUCAUCUCGUAUAUCGUCUUCGAAGUUCCUAGCAAUCUGA